GAAAGAGCACAUGUUUUCCAGACGCCCUUGAUCUCGUGUAUCUAACCGGCGAACUUACCGGCUUGAUUGUUGUGUAAAGAGAUAUAUAUUUCCUUAACUUUUUAUAAAGUUUCUAUUUUUUAAGCAAGAUGCACAAUCUCCACUCUGUUUUGCGACCCUUGUUGUCUCGUCACUUUGCUUUAGGAUUACGAAGGAAUUUCGCCAAAGAUGUUAAAUUUGGACCAGAUGUUAGGGCUCUUAUGUUGCAAGGUGUGGAUGUGCUUGCCGAUUCUGUUGCUGUUACAAUGGGACCUAAAGGCCGCAAUGUUAUUAUUGAACAAUCUUGGGGCUCUCCAAAGAUAACAAAAGAUGGUGUCACAGUUGCAAAAGCAAUUGAACUUAAAGACAAAUUUCAAAAUAUUGGAGCAAAACUAGUGCAAGAUGUUGCUAACAAUACCAAUGAAGAAGCAGGUGAUGGUACCACAACAGCUACUGUAUUAGCUCGGUCAAUUGCCAAAGAAGGUUUUGAAAAAAUUAGUAAAGGAGCAAAUCCAAUUGAAUUUAGAAAAGGUGUCAUGUUGGCAGUUGAAAAAGUAGUUGAUGAAUUAAAAAAACAAUCGAAAAAUGUUACAACUCCGGAAGAAAUUGCACAGGUGGCUACAAUAUCUGCUAAUGGAGAUAAAACAAUUGGCGAUUUGAUCUCAAGUGCAAUGAAGAAAGUUGGCAAUGAUGGUGUAAUUACUGUAAAAGAUGGAAAAACUCUUAAUGAUGAACUGGAAGUUAUUGAGGGAAUGAAAUUUGAUCGUGGUUAUAUAUCUCCAUACUUCAUCAACACUGCCAAAGGUGCAAAAAUUGAGUACCAAGAUGCUUUAGUGUUAUUCAGCGAGAAGAAAAUAUCUAAUGUUCAGUCUAUUAUACCUGCCCUUGAAUUAGCCAAUUCAAAGCGAAAACCUCUGAUAAUUAUUGCUGAAGAUGUUGAUGGAGAAGCUUUAAGCACUAUGGUGUUAAAUAGGUUGAAAGUUGGCUUGCAAGUAGCUGCUGUAAAAGCUCCAGGAUUUGGAGACAAUAGGAAAAGUACCUUGCAUGAUAUGGCUAUUUCUACUGGUGGCAUUGUGUUUGGAGAUGAUGCAGAUUUGGUAAAAUUGGAAGACGUUCAACCUACUGAUCUUGGAGAAGUAUCGGAAGUUGUUAUAACAAAAGAUGACACUCUUUUAUUAAAAGGUAAAGGAAAUAAGCAAGAUAUUGAUAGAAGAGUAUCCCAAAUAAAAGACGAAAUUGAACAAACUACAUCUUCAUAUGAAAAAGAGAAACUGCAAGAAAGGCUUGCUAGGUUAUCAAAUGGAGUAGCACUUUUAAAGGUUGGAGGUUCCAGUGAAGUGGAAGUAAAUGAAAAGAAAGAUAGGGUGAAUGAUGCUUUAAAUGCAACUCGUGCUGCUGUUGAGGAAGGUAUAGUUGCAGGAGGUGGUACUGCUCUUUUAAGAUGCCUACCAGCUUUAGAUGAUUUAAAAUAUGAAAAUGAAGAUCAAAAAAUAGGUAUUGACAUUGUAAGAAGGUCAUUGAAAAUGCCCUGCACCCAAAUAGCAAUGAAUGCUGGAGUAGACGCUGCUGUUGUUACGCAGAAAGUUUUAGACAACAAAGGAGACUUUGGAUAUGAUGCCAUGAAGGGUGAAUAUGUAAAUAUGAUUGAAUCUGGUAUCAUUGAUCCAACCAAGGUUGUAAGAACUGCUCUUAUGGAUGCUGCUGGUGUUGCAUCGUUACUAACUACAGCAGAAUGUGUCAUUGUAGAGAUACCAAAAGAAGAAAAAAUGCCCAUGGGAGGAGGCAUGGGUGGUAUGGGAGGAAUGGGUGGCAUGGGAGGUUAUGACAUGUAAAACUAAACUUUUGUAGUGUUUGUGAAAGUUCAGUGAAGUCUGGGACUUAAAAAAAAAGAGUGCAAGCGGCAAAGGCAAAAUGCAUUUUAAAUCAUGCCAUUCCGUCAUUGUUCUAUCAGUCAUAUUUUGUCAAUUCAUUUGUAGAAUCAUGUAUUAUAAUAAAUAGUUUUUUUAUG